GCAGUGGUGCGUUUUAGAACACAUAACGACAUGUUGUCCUGUUUUGCACACCGUACUUUACUUGCUUUUACCACACCUAGCUUUUUCAGUUUCACACACGGAAGCUGGAGUCAGUCCGGAGCACACAGAGAGGGAGCAGCGCAAUGGCCACGACUAAACCGGAAAAGCUGUUCCAAGAAGAACUCACUUGUCCGAUCUGUUUGCAAGUCUUUUCUGAUCCGGUCGUGCUGCCCUGUGGUCACAACUUCUGUGCUUCUUGUAUCGGGGAAGUGAUUGAAAGAGAAGCCGAGAAAGGACAGCACACCUGCCCCGAAUGCCGGAGCGAACACAAAGGGAAAGCUGCGCUGCAGAGAAACUUCAAGCUUUGCAACAUCGUGGAGGGGUUCAAAGCAAGCGAGUGCACCUCAGCUUAUCAAGUGCUCUGUGAUAUGUGCUUAGAGGACGCACUGCCUGCAGUGAAAACAUGCCUCAAGUGUGAAAUCUCACUGUGUGCUCUGCAUCUAAAACGACACGGGGAAAAGAAGACUUUUCAAAGCCAUUCUCUAGUGGACCCCACAGCAGACCUCAGUGCAAGGAAAUGCUCACUGCACGACAAACCCCUGGAGUAUUACUGUGUUGAAGACCGGUCUUGCAUCUGUGUCUCCUGCUGCAUUGAAGGUAAUCACAAGAAUCAUGACGUAAAAAGUUUCAAAACUGCGCAUGCUGAACUGAGAGUAGUACUAGAAUCGCAGCUGAAAGAAAUAACAGCGAAACUGAAUCUGUCUGAGAGCCUCCUGCAGAAGGGAAAGGAGGAUGAAACUGCAGCUAAAGCUGAAAACGCUGAAAUGAAACAGAAAGCCGUGGAGCUGUUAGACCGCCUUGCUGAACUUGUUGCCAAUUACAAAGCACACGUGAUUGAAACGAUUGAAGCGGAACAGCGCCCCGUUGUGGAGAGUCUGCAGCAGAGCAUCCGCAGAGUCACAGAGCAGCAGAAUCUUCUGAAGCACACACAGCUCCAAUCUGACUCUGUCUGGGCUGAAAGGGAUGAGUUUCUGUUCAUUCAGAAGCUCCUGGCAAUCGAUUCAAAAUUAACAGAAGCAAUAAAAGAGCCUUUAACGGAACCAACUGCAAAGUGUUUAAACAAAAUGCAAGUCUGCGAUAGUCUUGAGAAGAAAACGACAGCGAUCCAAGCAGAAAUGGCAAGAAUACAGAGAGAUCUGCAGGCAUUGAUUAACCCAUCGCAGCCGCUUACAUUCGAUCCCAAUACAGUUCAUCCCAACCUGAUUCUCUCCGAUGAUCUGAAGACAGCGCGUUACACUGAUGUACAUCAGCCGUACCCGAACCAUGCAGAGCGGUUUAAAGGUAGAUUUAGCCAAGUUCGGUGUUCUCAGGGCUUCUCGUCAGGAGAGCAUCGCUGGGAGGUGGAAAUGGGGAAAUGCGAGUGGGGUGUGGGGGUCUGUUACAAGAGUAUUAACGGCACUUCAAAUCCCGCGCUAGGAUAUAACGAAGCAUCCUGGAGUUUGGAAUGGUAUUCCAACAUGCUUAAAGCCUACACAAUGCGCAGCAGCACUCCGCUUCAGUGUAUUACUCAACCUGUCAGAGUUGAAGUGCAUUUGAAUUAUGAUGCAGGGACGCUGUCAUUUUACAAUGCAAGUGACAGCCGGGUACACCUGCACACGUUUAACACGACAUUCACAGAACCAGUGUAUCCUGCAGUUUGGAUCAUCUCUAACACUUCAACAGAUUGGAUAACUCUGAAGAGCACGUUACACACGGAGUAACAUAUUUCAACAGCCCACACCUGUUCUAAUGCAGUUACAAGCUUAGAGCACAUUAUAGAGUAACACAUUUCAGCAGCCCACAUCUGUUCCAAUGCAGUUACAAGCUUGGUAUCCAGUGCAUGUGAUUUUUGGGGGUAUAAGGACUAUGGGGUUGUAACUGGGCUGCAGUUUAACUGCACAGGGUCCUACAGAUUAAAACAGGGUUGCUUUAGUGCAGGGUUUGUGAUGUUUACCAGGCGUUUAUUGUGUAAUAAAACCUCCUAUUUUUUUGUUUAUGAAGCAACUUAUACUUAAUGUAUCUAUAAAUAAACAGCAUUAAACCAAACUACCUUUGUUUGUUUUACUAAUUUUCAAUUUGUACUUGUAUCUAAAAUAUGGGUCAAUUCAUGUAUGCAGGACUUUAUAAAACCAGUGGAUUUAUGUCUAUGGAAACCAUUCUGGAAAGGGGCUGUAAUUCUCUGCAAACACACAACGCUUG